GCGACGUGUCUGCGGAGCCUUUUUAUACCUCCUUCCCGGGAGUCCGGCAGCCUGCCGCCGCCGCCGCCAGCCGUGCGACCUUCGCUUUCUGCUCCCGGGACCCGGGCUCCGCCACCGCCAGCCAGCCAGCCAGCAUGUCGGGGGUCAAGAAGCAGAAGACGGAUAAUCAGCAAAAAUCCACAAAUGUAGUCUAUCAAGCCCACCAUGUGAGCAGGAAUAAGAGAGGACAGGUGGUUGGAACCAGGGGCGGAUUCCGAGGAUGUACCGUGUGGCUAACAGGUCUCUCUGGUGCUGGGAAAACGACGAUCAGUUUUGCUCUGGAAGAAUACCUCGUCUCCCACGCCAUCCCUUGUUACUCCCUGGAUGGGGACAACGUGCGCCAUGGCCUUAACAAAAACCUUGGCUUCUCUCCCGGUGAUCGAGAAGAAAAUAUCCGUCGGAUUGCUGAGGUGGCGAAGCUCUUUGCCGAUGCCGGUCUGGUCUGCAUUACUAGUUUCAUUUCUCCAUUCACAAAGGAUCGCGAGAAUGCCCGCAAAAUCCACGAAUUAGCAGGACUGCCGUUUUUUGAAAUAUUUGUAGAUGCACCUCUAAAUAUUUGUGAAAGCCGGGAUGUAAAGGGCCUUUACAAACGAGCCCGAGCUGGAGAGAUUAAAGGAUUUACGGGCAUCGAUUCUGAUUAUGAAAAGCCUGAAACUCCGGAGUGCGUGCUGAAGACCAACUUGUCUUCCGUGAGCGACUGUGUCCAGCAGGUGGUGGAGCUUCUGCAGGAGCAGAACAUCGUGCCCCACGCUAUGAUCAAGGGCAUCCACGAACUCUUUGUGCCAGAAAACAAACUUGAUCAAGUCCGAGCAGAGGCUGAGGCUUUCCCAUCGCUGUCAAUCACCAAGCUGGAUCUGCAGUGGGUCCAGGUUCUGAGUGAAGGCUGGGCCACGCCCCUCAAAGGCUUUAUGCGUGAGAAGGAGUACUUGCAAGUCCUCCACUUUGACACUCUGCUGGAUGAUGGGGUCAUCAACAUGAGCGUGCCCAUCGUACUGCCGGUCUCUGCGGAUGAUAAAAUGCGGUUGGAAGGGUGCAGCGAGUUUGCCCUGAUGUACGGCGGCCGGAGGGUGGCUAUACUACGAGACCCCGAAUUCUACGAGCAUAGGAAGGAGGAGCGUUGUUCCCGUGUGUGGGGCACAGCAAAUGCAAAACACCCUCAUAUCAAAAUGGUGAUGGAAAGUGGGGAUUGGCUGGUUGGUGGAGACCUUCAGGUGCUGGAGAGAAUAAGGUGGGAUGAUGGGCUGGACCAGUACCGCCUGACGCCUCUGGAGCUCAAGCAGAAGUGUAAAGAAAUGAACGCUGAUGCAGUGUUUGCAUUCCAGCUGCGCAAUCCUGUCCACAAUGGCCAUGCUCUGCUGAUGCAGGACACCCGCCGCAGGCUCCUGGAGAGGGGCUACAAGCACCCAGUCCUCCUCCUACACCCUCUGGGCGGCUGGACCAAGGAUGACGACGUGCCUCUGGACUGGCGGAUGAAACAGCAUGCAGCUGUACUGGAGGAAGGGGUCUUAGAUCCCAAGUCAACCAUCGUGGCCAUCUUUCCAUCUCCCAUGUUAUAUGCUGGCCCCACAGAGGUGCAGUGGCAUUGCAGGUGCCGGAUGAUAGCCGGGGCCAAUUUCUACAUUGUGGGCAGGGAUCCUGCAGGAAUGCCCCACCCUGACACCAAGAAGGACCUGUAUGAACCCACCCAUGGGGGCAAGGUCUUGAGCAUGGCCCCUGGCCUCACCUCUGUGGAAAUCAUUCCAUUCCGAGUGGCUGCUUACAAUAAAACCAAAAAGGCCAUGGACUUCUAUGAUCCAGCAAGGCACAACGAUUUCGACUUCAUCUCAGGAACUCGCAUGAGGAAGCUUGCCCGGGAAGGAGAGAAUCCCCCAGAUGGCUUCAUGGCCCCGAAAGCAUGGAAGGUGCUAACAGAUUACUACAGGUCCCUGGAGAAGAUCAACUGAAGCCUCCUGGCUUGCUUCUUUCUGAAGUGCUCUUUGACGGCCUUUCCUGUUUUUGUGAUUAGAUGCUUUGUGUCCAAUUGCUUCUCAGUGACUGAUUUUGAAGGUGAUGUUUUUGUAAUGAGGUACAAAUUGUGCUUACAAUUUAAAGACAACUUUAUUAUAUAUGUAUAUAUAUAUAUUGAUGUCAAACUGGAGACUGAAUCUUAGCAGGUGAAAGCAAUGUCAUACAUUCCAGAAUGAAACCAGCUGUGUGCUCUGAUUCAUCUGAGCAGUUACAACCCAGAUUCCUUACAACGUUGAGUAUAUAGAUCUAAUUGACUUUUUGCAACCCAGAUUCCUUAAAAUAUUGACUAUAGGUCUACUUGACUUGUCAGAAAUUGAAGCAUGCUGGGUGGAGCAGUGCACACCUUUAAGCCCAGAACUCUAGAAGCUGAGGUAAGAGGGGCUCUGUGAGGUCCAAGUCAGCCUGGGCUACAGACCCUACCUCAAAAAAAAAAAAAAAAAAAAAAACACCUAAAAAUGUUUAAAAAACAACUGGAAGUAUACUUCCCAUCUUAAUUUUGCCAAAUUGUAAUCCUAAUGUCACAUACCAGUAGUGAUAUAUCAGAUGAACAGUCCCUUCUAUUCAGCUGCCAAAACAAAAGAAAAUCACCACCCUGACUGAAGUGGCUCACAAGAUUCUUGCUAAUCUUUUACCUUGUGACCACCCACAGCCUGACCGCACACAAUGCUAGGUGUUGAAGAUGUGCCUGAAGGAACCAAAUGUGUGAAAAUGUGAAAUCUUAGUGAUCUAUGCAACUUACUUCUGCCAUGAAAUUAGCCUCAUAGGCAGAGAACCAGAGAAUGUUUAGUGGCCUUCUAUGACUAGUAACUCCAGUUUGAUGGUGACUUUUAAUAAUGUGGAGUACUUUGACUCAAAGGAUGUCUACUGAGGGAUGAAAUGGAUGAAACCAUCUGGCUGUGUAUGGAAAACUGCCCUUCCCUCUUUGCUGUGGCCACUGUGUCCUAAAGAGGUGGCCUUACUUGACUGUAGCAGCUGUAGCCAAAAGUGGUUGGCACAUCAGACUAAUGAGGCACUAAUAUCGGUAAUCACUACAGAAAUCCAAAUUUCGCCCUACUGGAGAACGCAUGCUUUGAGGAGUGCUUAGCAUGGUGACAAACACACGAUUGGUAUUAGUAAGUGCCGCUGGUGUGGAAUGAAUGCCCAGACUACUAGAUGCCCGAGCUGGUUCCCUGUCUACACCAGACAACACAGGAGCCACUGUGAUUCCUCUGGGCUGCUUAACACUCCUUGAUCAGAGGUGCUAAAAAAGCCUCCUUGGGUACUAGAAGGUCCAGGGUUUUCCAAGCUCUGAUGAUGUCACCACAAUCGAAACACACAAAUUUCCAGACUCUUCUGAGACAUCUGAUGGCCUUGUUUCCUGAGAGGUAAUCUUUUAUACUUUAUGCAUGAUUCAUUGUCACUAAGGAAUAUAUGAAGAAAAAGCACUUUUUAAACAGAUCUCUCUGGAAGAGACCCAAACUGGAAAGAGAAAACUGUGAUUUUGUUUUUUUACCUGUCAGUUUUUUAAAAAAGAUCUUUGAGAGUAAGUCUUAUACAAGGGCCACAGCAAGGUUUGUCUUUUACCAGUACAGUGCCUGUCCUCAUCUAACCAGUGGAACUCACUACUGCCUUUAAAAAAAAUCAUAUUUAUUGAAAACGUGACAGGUUUGUAGUGCCUUACCUAAUAUAGUGUAUGAUUUUUAAAAACAGUUUAAACUGCUCUUUUGCUCUAGUACCACACUUAGUGUGAAAAACUAUUUCAGUGUCCAGCUAAUGCUUGUCCUUAUUUUAAUAAAUUUCUUUAAAAAA